GAAAAUUAACCAAGAAUGUUGAACCCAAACAAUACCAGUUUAGGAAACCACUGCAACUACAGCGCCAUAAUAACAAGACAAGCCAUCCCAGCAAUCUAUGGUUUCAUCUUUCUUGGAGGUAUCCUACUAAAUGGAGUAGCGGCCUGGGUUUUCCUACACAUCCCUAGCAAGACUACCUUCGUUGUCUAUCUCAAGAACAUUGUCAUAGCAGACCUCAUCAUGAGCUUAACGUUCCCAUUCAAAAUUCUCGCUGAUACAAAAAUUGCCCCUUGGCAGCUCAACGUUGUAGUCUGCCGUUUCUCGGCGGUUCUUUUUUACCUAAAUAUGUACAUCAGCAUCACCUUGUUUGGGCUCAUCGGCUUUGACAGAUGCUCCAAAGUUGUGAAGCCACAGUACGUCACCACUGUUCAGAGUGUUCGUUGCAGCAAAAUACUCUGCUCAUUAGCCUGGGCGCUGCAGAUUCUUGUGUCGGUUCCCAAUAUGAUUUUAACCAACAAAAGUCCCACCAAAGAAAUUUCAGGAAGCUGUAUGAAGCUCAAAAGCAAUUUGGGAUUAGAGUGGCACAAGGCUUCAAACUACAUCUGCCUAGGAAUUUUUUGGACUGUAUUUGCUAUACUAAUAGCCUGCUACAGUUCUAUAGCAAGGAAAAUAUACACCUCCCACAAAAAAUUCAGAAGGAACUCCACGAUGACAAGGAAAAAAACCAAUCGGAACAUUUUCACUAUUAUGCUUGUAUUUAUCAUCUGUUUUGUCCCUUAUCAUAUUGGCAGAAUUCCAUAUACUUUAAGUCAAACUUCACCACAAUACAGCUGCCAGUCAAGAAAACCUCUGUUCUACAUGAAGGAAUUCAGUCUAAUACUGUCUGCUGCAAAUGUUUGCCUAGAUCCUAUUAUUUAUGUAUUUCUCUGCCAACCUUUCAAGGAAAGGCUAUACAAAAAACUGCACCUCAAGCUGAAAGUAUCUGAGGAACUGGAGAACUCUAGAUCGAGAAGGUCAAAUGCAGUUUGUGAAACUGUUAUUUCAUAA